AUGAAUCAAAUCUCUCAUCUCCAGAGGCGUACUGGUACAUAUGAGAGUAUCUUCCACUCGCCUAAAGUCACUUCUACUACUUCUUCUUCUUCUUCUUCAGCAAAGAAAACCUACAUUGUGCAAACCGAACAUGAUUUGAUGCCAAUGAGCUUUUCCACUCCUGACAUAUGGCAUCAAUCGUUGCUUGAUUCAGUCUCAGACGGACCAACCAAGAGAACCAUCAUCUACACCUACUCCACCGUUCUACAUGGCUUCUCCACUUCACUAACUGCUACGGAAGCCGAGUCGCUGAGGUUGAACCCCGGCGUCCUGGCCGUGCUUCCAGAGAAGGUGUACCAUCCAGAUACGACGAGGACACCACACUUUCUCGGGCUCGACAGUGCUGGUGGCCUGUUGCCAAGGUCGAAAGAAGGGAGCGACGUCAUUAUUGGGGUACUUGACACGGGCAUUUGGCCGGAGAGCAGGAGUUUCAACGAUGAUGGGCUCGGCCCCAUCCCGUCCAAGUGGAAGGGAUCGUGCGUGACAGGGAAAAAUUUUAAUGCAAGCAGUUGCAACAGCAAGUUGAUCGGUGCCCAGUUCUUUUCUUCAGGUUACGAAGCCCAAUACGGCCCAAUCGAUGAAACGAAGGAAUCGAGGUCACCCCGAGACGAUGACGGCCAUGGGACACACACUUCCAGCACGGCGGGUGGCGCUCCUGUCGACAAUGCAGCCUUGUUUGGCUAUGCGCGUGGGGUAGCUCUAGGGAUGGCAACCAGAGCCCGAAUAGCUGCCUACAAGGUCUGUUGGAUCAAGGGGUGCACUUCUUCAGACAUCCUUGCUGCCAUGGACAAGGCCGUUCUCGACGGAGUGGACAUCUUGUCUCUCUCCCUCAGUGCCCCCCCAAGCCCCUUCAACGAGGACACGACUGCCAUCGGUGCCUUUGGUGCCGUGCAACACGGCGUUCUGGUUUCUUGCGCGGCCGGUAAUACCGGUCCCUUGCCCUACACUGUUCGGAAUGUCGCCCCUUGGAUCAUGACCGUGGGGGCAAGCUCCAUAGAUCGUGACUUUCCAUCAUAUGCUGUCCUGGGCAAUGGCAACCAGUACAUGGCCCAAUCACUCUACGAUGGAAAGCCCUUGCCCAGCAGGCCAACUGUAUCACUAGUUUAUGCUGGGAAUGUCAGCAACUCCGUGGACGGCGGCGUCUACUGCCUCGGCGGGACGCUCGAUUCCACCAAGGUCGCCGGAAAGGUCGUCCUGUGUCAAAAUGGAAACACGACUGCUCUGCAAAAAGGUCUUGCUGUUAGGGCGUCAGGUGGUGUAGGGGUUAUCUUGGCCGGCGUAGAGGAAGAUGGUUCUCAGCUGCAAGCUGAAGCACACUUCCUCCCGACUGUCACCGUGAGCAGCAAAAAUGGAGACGAGAUCCUUAGAUACAUCCUCUCCAACCCAAGGCCCAGAGUCACCAUCAUGACCGGUAGGACAAGAGUCGGAGUCAGACCCUCUCCGGUGAUUGCCAGCUUCUCCUCUCGUGGUCCAAAUUCUAUAACGCCACAGAUCUUGAAGCCCGACGUGAUUGCACCAGGCCUGAACAUCCUCGCUGCUUGGUCGGGAAACAGUGGACCGACGGGAAUGGUUGAAGACAAACGCAGAGUCGACUUCAACAUCAUCUCAGGCACCUCCAUGUCCUGCCCUCAUGUGAGCGGACUGGCUGCACUGCUCAAGGGCGCACAUCCUAACUGGAGCCCUGCAGCCAUCAAGUCAGCCUUGAUGACCACGUCCAACUCUACUUACCCCAAUGGGCAGCCAUUGCUGGACUCGGCCACCGGGAAGCCCUCCUCGCCGUUGGUUCAUGGGGCGGGACAUGUUGUUCCACAAAAGGCGCUGAAUCCAGGCCUCGUGUAUGACAUCACCGCUGAUGAUUACCUGAACUUCCUUUGCGGGAUUGGGUACACGGAGCAACAAAUCGCGGUGGUCGCUCGACGGAGAUUCACUUGCAGGAAGGGAGUAGUAGGAGGUGGCCUGAACUACCCAUCGUUCCUGGUGCAAUUCCCAGUCCAGGGCUCAGGGCAGAAAAGGGUCAACUUAACAAGGACGGUGACCAAUGUGGGAGAUUCACCGUCGAUGUACUCAGUCUAUGUCUCGUUGCCGCAUCCAGUGAAGGCAGUGGUAAGUCCACAGGUUCUCGACUUUAGGAGGGAGGGAGAGAUGAUGAGCUAUUUCGUCACCUUCACCUCAAGCUCCUUACCGCUAGGUACCUCUAAAUUUGGAUACUUGGAGUGGUGCGAUGGUGAACAUCGAGUUCGCAGCCCCAUUGUCUUCAUCUGGGUAUAA